AUGGCCCUUCUCAAUUGCUUUUUGGCCGUGCUCUCGAUGCUGGCAUCGCUGAGCCAGGCCCUUCCUGCCUUGCAGGCGCGCGACGUUUCCUCCCAUCAACUCUCCGAGUUCGCAUUCUGGGCACAGUAUGCAGACGCCGCCUACUGCAGCAACAACUAUGACCCCAAGUCCUCGGGAGCGAGGAUCCGGUGCUGGGACCACGGCUGCCCAGCCAUUGAGGCCACCAACACGAGUAUUGCGCUUGCUUUCUCCAAUGCCACGAUGACCGAUACCGCUGGCUUCAUAGCCGUGGACCACACCCACCGCCGCCGCAUCAUCUCGUUCCGCGGCUCCUACUCGGUGCGCAACUGGCUGGCGGACGUGAUGUUCGUCUUCACCGACCCCCAGCUGUGCAACGGCUGCCUAGCCGAGCUGGGCUUCUGGACCUCAUGGAGGCUGAUCCGCAGCGAGGUGAUCCGCCAACUCGAACAGCUACAGAAUGCGUACAGCGACUACGACCUGGUGCUGGUGGGCUACAGUCUUGGCGCGGCAGUCGCGACUCUGGCGGCGGCGGAUCUUCGCACGCACGGGUACAAGGCGGCACUGUACGCCUACGCGUCGCCGCGGGUGGGGAACGAGGCGCUAGCGCAGUUCAUCACCAAUCAGGGCGGCAACUACCGCUUCACACAUACGAACGACCCAAUCCCGAAGCUGCCGCUGCUGAUCAUGAACUAUGUGCAUAUCAGCCCCGAGUAUCAUAUCCUGUCCGGAGAUAAUGUCACCGUGCGCCCCCAGGAUGUGGCGGUCUACGAGGGCUCGGUCAAUUAUGCUGGCAACACGGGCACAGGCUCGCCCUCGCUGAGGGGGUUAUCGGCGCAUCGGUGGUAUUUUCAGUUGGUGGAUGGGUGUAAGGAACGCGGGUUCCCUUGGCGGAGGGGGGAGUAG